AUGGAAGGGGCAUCAACUACACCGAAUAACAGCCGCAGGACUUAUUCUCGUCGUGCUCUCGAGGGCGUGACCGCAGAUUAUGAGGAUUGGGAGCUAGGAGACAGCAUAGUGGAAGAUAUUGAGCUGUAUCGCUAUGUACACGCAACAAUUGGCGUUUCAACAGCCGAUAUUCAGCAAAUAAUCGAUGCUGCAGAGAUCACAGAGGAACAUGCGGAUAUUGAUGGCCGCCCUGAGAAGGGGAGUGCAAAUGCAUUAAACCCGCUGGAUCACAAGCCGAGACCAAUUAAGUUUAAGGACGCAAUUGGGAGGAAAUUCAGCUUCCCAUUUCAGUUGUGUGCGACUUGGGCUGGCAUGGAGAAAUUGAUUACCCAGGCUUUCUUACAUGUGGAUGUCAUCGGACCUCAUGUAGUAGAAGGUCACUACGAUCUAAUUGGACCAAAUGGGGAGAUUAUCCUACCCCGAGUAUGGGAAACAAGUAUUGAACCAGAUUGGUUCAUUAAGAUGCACAUGUGGCCUGUGCCUACGGAGGUGCCGGGGGUAAAUUAUGGCUUACCACCCCGGUGGCAGUAUUUGUGA